UGUUUGUUGAAAUUUGGAAAACAUAGCAGACACUGCGGCCGCCAUUACAAUCAUGAAUAGCGAAAGUGAUGUUUAUGAUAUUGUGGCGACUAGUGAUGGACCAAAGUUGCAGGGCUUUCGCAAAACCUCUUUAGAUGAGUUGUACAAUUCUAAAGUGCAACAGGAAAUUGAAUCCAAUUCGACACCUGUGCAAUUGUUGCGACGUGUCAGUGGGACGGUAACACAGAGCAUACUCAGUGACUUGGAGCCGGAAACGCAACACUUGCUGGGUGGAGCUGUGAUGGGGCCUAGAGAUGGUGCCCAAAAGCGCCCGCAGCCCCCACCGCGAUCCAACACGAAUUCCAGGGUACAGCAGAACCCUCUCAACGAGAGUGGAACAGGCAAGCACAUCAAGCAACUGCAAAAAGUGCAGCUAAAUACACUGGUGCACAGUGACAACAUGACACAAUGCGGCAACACUUCUGGUAGUCCCGCUUCGCAAUCACAUACCAAAUUAGACAUACACAAUUUCUCGGAGGACUACAAUAAUGGGUCGUCUGAAGUCGUUGGCGAGAAUGUUGGCGAGACGGCACAAAACGCUGCAACAAUAAUUUUAACGCCGACAUCAUUAAAUUUAACAAACACACCGCCAAAUGCUCCCGGUGGGGGUGGCGGUGGCGGCAGCAACAUCAACAACAGGGCAAACGCAGACGUUGGCAACAAUGGCAGGGGUUAUCCGGCGCACAGCGAACAAUACAAAGGACCUAAAUGGUGGCGUCGCUUAGUAGUUCACUGGUCUCUUGUGUCGGAGCAUAUUGCCCUGCUUAUGAUUUUUCUAGCGCUUUGGACCUUGGCCUUGGCAUUGUUACCCCAGUAUGCUACACCUGAAACAGUGAUAAUGCGCAUUAUACUACUCUUUGUUGGUGCUCAAAUAUCUGGCAUAUUAGUUACCUUUAUACAUUUGCCAGACAUGCUGGGCAUGCUCUUCUUCGGUGUCCUUUACACCAAUAUUGGCUUGGCCAAUUUCGAAGGUUAUGAGCGCUUUGAACUGUUUUUAAGAGAACUGGCAUUGACCAAUAUCAUGCUGCUAGCUGGCCUCGGCCUUGAUGGCAGUGCAUUUAGGCGGUUGUGGCUUAUGAUUCUUCGACUGACACUCGUUCCGACAAUAGUGGAGGUUGCCGUUAUAGCUGUGCUGGCCUAUUUUACAUUGUCCAUGCCCUGGAUGUGGGGGAUAGCUCUGGGCCUGGUCAUCACAGCAGUCUCACCCAAUGUUGUCGUCACUGUCAUGCUUAAGUUAAAGGAGGAUCGCCUGGGUCUGAACAGUGGCAUACACACCCUAAUAUACGCUAUGACCACGUGCAAUGACGUCGUAGCUAUCUUUAUGUUUGGCGUCGUAAUCAGCAUUAUAUUCUCCACAAGCUCACUGACACAAAAAGUAUUGCAAGGACCCAUUGGUAUUGGUAUUGGACUUGUUUUCGGCUAUCUUUACGGCAUGAUGCUUCACUAUUUGCCGUCGCGGAAUGCGGUCUAUGCAAAUGGACUGCGCUUUGCUUUGACAAUCUUGGGUGGCUCAAUAGCUGUAAUGGGCAGCCGAAUUAUCGGCUAUACUUCAGCCGGUGCCUUAGGUUGCGUAAUGUUGGCCUUUAUAGCAGGCAUUGGUUGGAAAAGGGAGGAGCUCAAACUGACCCCAUAUCAAAUGCAAGCAACUCAAAUAGCAAGUGUUCCUAAGCGUCUGGAUCUGCUGUGGAAAUUUCUUAAACCCGUCUCAUUUGCACUAAUUGGCAAGGAAAUCAAUUUUGCCGUGCUUGAAGGUCGCGUAAUUGGUUAUGGAGCGCUGCUGGUACUAUUUGGAAGUUUGCUCCGCUUAGCUUUUGCAUAUUUAUCUACAUAUGGCGGAAAUCUGUCAAGAAAGGAGCGUGCUUACAUUACAAUUUCCGGUUUUCCCAAAGCAACCGUCCAAGCUGCCUUGGGUCCGGUUGCUUUAGAUUUGGCUCGUUCAGCCAAAGUCGCAAGUGAUUUAACAUUGGCUAACAACGUGCUCAUAAUUUCGGUUCUGGCCAUUAUUUUCACAGCGCCGUUGGGUGCUAUUUUGAUGCUUCGUCUUGCGCCGCUCUGGCUUAAACAUGGAGAUCCUGAGGACGUAGCUGAAACGCCUGUGACACCCGGUUCAUCAGAACCAGGCCCACUGACCAAUGUGGGCGAACUUAAUUCAGCGCACGGUCAACAAAAUAUUAAGUAGAGUAGCGAGAGCGCCGAAAAUUUAUCAAGUGAGAUACCAAUGAGUAAAAUCACAACCUUUCUGUAGUUUUUUAUCUUUUGUAGUUAAACAUAACCAUUAGUUAUUAGUACUAACAUAUUGCCAAGAGCGUAAGGUGAGGGGUAGACCUAGUAAGUUCUAAAGUUUUUAGAUAUCCUAACCAAAAUGUGUUUUGUAUUUUACUUACUAUUCUUAUCUAUGUACUUAUUUACUUUUGUAAUACAGAAAAUAUUUA